AUGAAUUUCUCGCACCAGAACCUUUUAAGUGUGCACUGGAAAUCGGAAUCGAUUAUAAUUUCUCUAGUUUUCUCCUUAAUUUUCCUGGUUGGCACUGUUGGAAACUGUUUGGUACUUGCAGUGCUUUUGCGCAACGGACAGAUGAACACGAAAACGACCAACUUGUUCAUUUUAAAUCUGUGCAUCGCGGACCUUUGCUUCAUUGUAUUUUGUGUGCCUUUGCAAGCGACGAUCUACACCAUGGACGAAUGGGUUUUCGGUCCAUUUGUGUGCAAGGCGGUGCACUUCAUCAUAUAUCUCACCAUGUAUGCCAGCAUCUUCACGCUGACCGCUGUGUCGCUGGACAGGUAUCUGGCCAUACGCUACCCUCUGCGCUCAAGAGAAAUGAGGACCCAUAAAAAUGCCCUGACGUCCAUCUGCCUGGUGUGGGCUUUGUCUCUAGUCUUCUCUGGACCAUAUCUGAGCUACUACCAGCAAAUGGACCUAGACGGCACUACAGUGUGUAUCCCGGCCUGGGACAUGCACCAUCGCCGGGCCAUGGAUGUGAGCACCUUCGUUCUCGGAUACUUGAUUCCGGUGCUGGUGCUAAGCUUGACAUACGCCCGCACCAUCCGAUACCUGUGGACGACGGUGGACCCAGUGGAGGACAUGUCUGAGUCCAAGCGAGCGAAACGCAAGGUUACCAAGAUGAUCAUCAUCGUGGCCGUGCUGUUCUGCCUGUGCUGGUUGCCCCACCACCUGGUCAUCCUCUGCAUGUGGUUCGGCCACUUCCCGCUGAACCACGUCACCUACGUGCUCCGUAUCCUCUCUCACCUUGUGGCGUACACCAACUCCUGUGUCAACCCCAUCGUUUACGCGCUGGUCUCCAAACACUUCCGUAAAGGCUUCCAGAAGGUGUUCAGCUGCGCGCUCAGAAAGAGGGUCGUCAACAGGGUCAAUGUCGUGCAACAGGUUCACACAGUUAGCUUGGCAGGCUCUAGUGAAACCUCCAAUCUCAGCGAGAAUGUCAUCAAAGAUAGGAGGGCAAACAAUCCUCAGGCGCUAGUGACCAAGGCUUUCGUGACAUUUAAUGUUACGUAG